UCAGUUAUUUUGCUCCCUGCAGCUCCUGAAGCUUUAUCUGGUUCUCCUCCUCACAUUAAAGGAACAUCCCUCCUGUCUGCUUCUCUUCCACUUGAACUUGACCUUGCUUGUGUUGGAUCCGUGCCUCCGUGGGAUGGGAACCAAGGAGCUGUUUUCUCUCUUGAAGCGUGUUCUGGACUGCGUCUGUCUCUGCCUAUCUCAGAGAAGCGUUGAGACUGAAGCUGGGAAGGAACGGGACUCUAAAAAUGGCCACCUGAUCUACGAAAGCGGGGACAUCCUGGAGGACAGAUUGAGAGUGGGCCGCAGCCACGAUCCAGCAGACCGGCUUUACCUGAUCUCAAACUGUUUUCCAGAUGAGGUCCUCGACACUCUGGGCGAGGGGACCUUUGGGAAAGUGGUGCAGUGUUUGGACCACAGCAGAGGAGGAAGACCCAUAGCUCUGAAGAUCAUUAAGAACCUGGAGAAAUACAGAGAAGCGGCCAAGCUGGAGAUAAACGUGCUGGAGAAGAUCCGGGAGAAAGAUCCCGGGAACAAGCACAACUGUGUGCAGAUGCUCGACUGGUUUAGCUUCUACGGCCACGUGUGCAUCUCCUUUGAGCUGCUGUCUCUCAGCACCUUCGACUUCAUGAAGUCAAACAACUUCCUGCCUUAUCCCACUAACCAGAUCCGACACAUGGCGAGCCAGAUCUGCCACGCUGUCAGCUUUCUCCAUGACAACAAGCUGACUCACACCGACCUGAAGCCUGAGAACAUCCUCUUUGUCAACGCCGACUACUCGCUCGUAUACAACGCUGAGAAGAAGUGUUUUGAAAGGAGGGUGAGAGACACAACAGUGCGGCUGGUGGACUUUGGCAGCGCCACCUUCGACCACGAACACCACUCCGUCGUCGUCUCCACUCGUCACUAUCGGGCCCCUGAGGUCAUCCUGGAGCUGGGGUGGAGCCACCCGUGUGACGUUUGGAGCAUCGGCUGCAUCCUGUUUGAAUACUACGAAGGCUUUACGCUCUUCCAGACCCAUGACAACAAGGAACAUCUGGCGAUGAUGGAGAGGAUCCAGGGACCAAUUCCUCAACGGAUGAUCCAGUGGAGCAGGAAGCGCAGGUACUUCCACCACGGCCGUCUGGACUGGAACGAAUGCUCCAAGGCUGGACGUUUUGUGAAAUCCAAAUGCAAACCACUGAGGGGCUACUUGUUAUCACACGGGAGAGAGCACCACCAGUUUUUUGACCUCCUGGAGAGGAUGCUGGAGUACGACCCCCUGAGACGGACCUCGCUUGCUGCUGUGAUGGACCACCCCUUCUUCCUGCCGCCCAUCAAUGCUGGGAGGACUCAGGCCUGGAGGAACAGCUGGGACAAGAGCAAGUGACCCCCCCCCCCCCCCCCCCCCCAAGAGCUCCUUGACGCUACAUGGACCAUAUGAACGUGUUUGCAGGUUUACAUCUAAUUGUUCUUAACACAGUAUUCAUAUAGGAAGAGGAUUGAAAGGAGGGCUCACAUAUCAGAGAGGGGAUUUGUUUAUUUGCAAAUGAGGAGGCGGAUGUUGUGCUGAGGAGCCUUUGAAUUAGACCAAGGCUGAACGCUGAAGGUUUGAAUCUCUGGUAAAUAUUUCUAACUACGGUAAGUCUUAUUUAUUCCAAAAAACUGAAGUCCUCAUUAUUAGCUUUAGAGUCAAAGUGAAUGCUGUAAAGGAAGCUUUUAAUCAGAAGGAUUCCCUAAAUGGCUUUGCUGGCCCUGUUCUUCUUUUAAUUUUUUUUUUCCGUGUUGCAUCAUGGAAACGAUUGUUUAAAAAAAACAACAUUUUUUUAUAUGCUAUUUAGACAACAUCUAGUGUCAAACACUAUAAAGAUAAAGAGAAAUAGCUGCUGGGAGAAAUUCAGCUAUUUAACAAAAGAGGAUUGGUUUAAGUGAAACUGAGUUGAAGCAGUCAGACUGACAGCUCACAUGUCAGGAUAAAUAAAAAUGAAAUAUAAAAGAAAAAAAAAACACAUCUUGAAGUGUAUUAAUAUAUCUACAUUUUAAAGCCUGUUGAUGAAACCGUAAAAACCUUAUAUAUGAUGUUUACAUGCUGUCACCUGACAAUAAUAACUUCUUUUGAUAAUAAAUUUUAUAUUCACUGACGUCUUUGGUCGAAUAAUGA